UGCAGUGCAGAUAGUCAGUUCCGGAGUUUUGUGUUUUCGUUGUAGAGAUGGGUGAUCAAAAGAAACAACCCUUCAAAGUUUUCGGCACUGGUCAAGAAAAGGAGUUUAAGGAAAAUUGGAGGAAUUGGAUAAAUCGAAAAAUUUCGUCGGAAAAAAGUGACACAACAAAACCCAAAUGGAUUAAAAUGUUAAUGUCGCACAAUGAGGACGAAAGUAAACGUAAAAAAAGUGAAACGGAAGAAAACCUUGAAAUAGAGGAGGAAUUCCAAAAACCCGAGGAAGUCGGUGCAUCUAAUUUUCCUAUAACGCCAGCUGGACUAGAAAUUGAGCAACCUGUUGUCGCAGAGAUCCAUCAUCACACGGAUCAGCCUCCAGAACCAUAUAUACCCGAGGAGGAAGAAAACAAUGACUCACUUGACAAUGAUUAUUUUAAUCUUUAUUAUCCUUACCCGCCAAAACAUCCGAACAAAGGAUCAAAUGACUUUGACAACAAUGCCUUUAUGCCGGACGAUGAGGACGUGAAAUCCAUUAAUAACUCUAUUCCAGGAUCACUUAUCGAAGGCAAUCCUUUGAGUGACAACAUCGAUGAUAGUAGGAGGUCAUCCUGGAGUGAACAGAACUUCGAGGAUAAUGCACACCCGGAGAAACAUCAAUGGACAAAAGUGCUUGAUCUGCGAAUGUUGGAGCAUUAUGAUGAUGGAGAUACGAAAUCCAAUGUGGAGUCUUCGACACCAAAUAAUAAAAACUGGACCAAACAGUUGGAAUUAAAGGAUGUUGUCUCAGCGUUAGCACAGGACCAGGAGUUCGAUUUCGAUGAUGGAAAGGAAUAUCCACCUUUCGGAAACAAGAACGAUUCGUUCAAUAAGGAUUUUUUCAAGCCUGCACUAAGGAACACUUACAUACCGACAUGGGGGAAAGGUUAUGGAAUGGGACUUAUGGGUGUGUUUGAGGAGGAUUUGUCAAAAUCUUCUGACAAGGAUAAAACUGAUUGGGACUCAAGUGGUAGUUACGGAAAGCGUUCCUCCUUUGGAUCAACUGCAUCGACCAAGUCGGUGGACAAAACCUUGCGAAGGAGGAACACUAUUGUGGUGAUAUUGAUGGGAAUCGCUGUAUUAGCUGCGCUGUCUGUCAUUGUUGGGAUCGCCCUGUACUUCGCCUAUCACAAAGCAAUCCUACGAGCCCAUAUCACCCUCACAAUCGACAAUCGAAAUUUCACAAGUCUGAUGAAGGACAGGAAAACCGAAGAGUUUGCGUCCAUUGGUGAACCAAUGUGCGAUGAGAUGGAGAAUUAUUUUCUGUACAGUGAAUUUUCCCAUUUCUACUUGACAUGUCAUAUCAUCAAAAUGAGCGAUGAUUCCGGAAAGGUUGGAUUAUAUUUCACAUUGGAUUUUGUGGAUAAUACCCACACCCGUGACCCUAAACAUAUUGAGGAUCUAAUACUAAGAAAGGCUGAUCGCUUAGUGCGGGAAUCAAAACUGUUUCUCGUUAUUCGUGAUUUCCUCGUGUACGUUAAAAGUAUGGAUAUAUGGGUAGAAACCAUACCGGUAACUGGCGAUAUCAAUCACCCGAAACGUCCUAAAGAUUCAUCAUGGACAAAAUCAAAUAUAAUCGACAUAACACCAACACCUACUCUUUACAAAACUAAUGUUGAAACUGCAAAGCAAUCUAACUCACUGUACACUGACAAAGUUGACGUGAUUGGUCACGCAUCUCUGUAUGUAGGCGCACAACAAAAUAUCCCUUUACUUCAGUCUGGUACUAAUAAUCCGAAUACAAAAGAACGAAACAACGCAAAGGUAAGGGCAUAUAAAACUGAUAACAAACAUCAAGGAAAUCAGCAGGUCAUCAAUGAUGGCGACACAUUUGACAAUAAUCCGUCCAGUGGAAGCACUGAUGUUUUGGAUGCAUUUAAACUUUGGAAUGGACAAGAUUUUUCGGGAUAUGCUGAACACAAAUCUAUACAUCACAAUUCGAAGAAUUAUUCUCAUAUUUCUGGAAAGGACAUUAGAAAUGAUUCUCACAAAGAUUCGUCAGUUUUGGAUGUUGACAGUUUGAAAUCAGUAGAGAUUUCUCAAUCAGUAACGGCCGUUGAUUACGGGAAAGGGAACAGAGUAACGGACACUCAUACACGGACUUCACAAUCAAAAUAUGACAUUAUUAUCCCAUCAAAAUCACUGAUCAUUAGUUCCGUUAACCAGGAUAAUAACUUUGGCUUCAAGUCUGUAACGUCAGUUCUUCCAGAUCCAUCCCCUAGUGUCACUGUCUCGAAGGAUACAUUAUUUUCAUCCGGGGAUUCAUAUCAUUUGAAUCUUAAGUCAUCACUCUCACAUUUUGUGUCACUGAAACCUUCAACUUCUCCUGGAAAUACCCAGCCACUGCCGCCGCCACCAGCAUUCAAAGAUACUUCAAUGCCAUCACUACGUAUUGAACGAGUUCAUACAUUUGACAUUCAUAUUUUACCAUCGCAACUAAUAACUGGACGACCAAUCGACAGCACUUUGGAGCAAAUAGACGGUGGUCCAAUAAACAACAUACAUGGUCGUGUUGUGAACAACCAAGACAAUGACAGAGACAGCGCUUGGUCAGAAGCGCAUCAUCAGAAUCGCGAUGAAACCAAUACUAAUUAUAAUGAUGUUUCAAAGCACUUAAACGACAAUGCAACUGACAGAUAUAACAAUAACAGUACAACUACGAGAAAUAAAGAGGGACGGGAUUCAGAUGGAGCUACGAAUAUUUCGGGUAAAUUUGAGGUCUCUCAUGAUGACAGUAAAAUAAAUGAUACUGACACUGAACACUUUAAUUCGAAUCCAGAUCGAUUAAUAAAUACUUCCUCUUCAGAUAGGCAGGCAAGUGGAUUUGUAAUUUCAAAUAAAAGAGCAGGUGGUUCCAACGCUAGUCAUUCAAAUGUGCUAGAUAGCGUGUCACAUCCAAACGGUUUAGAAGGUAGUUUAAAUAUUUCACAUGAAGUAACAGGCGAUUCUAACAGUUCAUAUGGACUAGCAAAUAGUUUCAAACAUUCAAAUGUAGGUGGUAGCUCUAACCAUUCAGAUGGUUCGUAUGGAUUAACAGAUAUUCCAGAGCAAAGAAACAGUUCAGAUGGUCAAGAACGUACUUCCAAACACUCAGCAAAACUAGCUGGUAAAUCUAACCAUCCAGAUGUUUCAGAUAGUCGCGUAAGUGGUUUGAGCAGCUCGGACAGACGUGAAGGUAGUUCUAAACAUGUUGGUGGAUCAUCGGCAGAUUCCAGCAAUUUAAGUCGAUCAAAUGGAUUUACACUAAACGCUAAGAAUUCAGAUGCUGCAAAUAGAAUAUCUGAUAGUACUUACCAUCCAAAUAGUUUAGAUGGACAAGCACAUACUUCCAAUCACGCAGACGGAAUAACGGGUAAUUCUAACCAUUUAGAUGAACCGGCUGUAAAAUCAAAUCCAGAUAUUUCAGAUGGAAAAGAUGGUAGUUUUAACCAUACUGAUGGACUAGCUGGUAGAUCGUCUUAUUUACACGGACCUGUUGGUAAUUCCGACUAUUCAAGUGGUCUAGGUGGCAGACUUCAUCAUUCAAAUGGUUCUGGAGAACAAGAUAUCAGUUCUAAACAUAUAGAUGGCUUAACUGGUAGGUCUUAUCACUCAGCUGGUCUAGGCGGUAGUACUGACCACCCAUAUGGUUCUGAUGCAAUAUCAGGAAGCUCAGACAAAUCAGCUGGACAAACUGGUAGUUCCAAGCUUUCAGAUGAACUUGCAAGUAGUUCUUAUCUCUCUGAUGAGCUAAAUGUCAAAUCUAGCAAUUCCGAUAGACAAAAUAUUAGUGUUAUCAAUCCCAACCGGACAGAUGGUAGUUCUGUCCAUCCAGAUAAUCCAGACGGACAAGGAAAUAUUGCUAACAAAUCAGAUGGACAAGUUGGUAAUCUCAAACAUUCACAUAGACUAUCGGGAUUUUCCAACUCGGAUGGCUCUGAAGGACUAGCUAGCCAAACUAAACAUCUGGAUGGUGCAGAUAGACUACCUGGCAGCAUAAACAAAACAGAUGGUUUAGAUAUAAUGGCUAGAAGAACUAAAACUCAAGAUGGUUCAGAUGGAAUAGAAGGUAGUUUUAACCACUCUGAUGGACAAGCUGGUAUUUUUGACAAAUCCAAUGGGCUGGAAAGUACUUCAAAUGGUGCAAAUAAACAAACAGACAGUUUUAAACAUUCUGCAUUACUUGCAGGAGGUUAUAAACAACCAGAUGGACCAGCGAGUAGUUCUUACCAUUCUGAUAGACCAAGUCAUUUUGGUCAUUUAAACGAUUCUGAUGGGCUAGCAAGUAGUUAUAACCACUCCGAUAGACUAGCUGGUAGUUCUUCAAAUGCAGAUAUACUUACAAGAAGUUCUACGUAUCUUGAUAGUUCAAACAGACCACCAGAUGACCCUUCUCAUGCUGAUGGUUCAGCUGGUCUAGGAGGCAGUUCCAACACUCCGGACGCUAUAAAUAGGACAGCAGGUCGUUCUGAGCAUCAUUCAGAUGGUUUGAAUGUACGAACAAGUGGUGUAAACAAUUUCGAUAAAUCAAAUCAUUCAGGUGAACUAGCUGGUACAGAUCACUCUCCAGCAAUCUCGGAAAUAACAGGUAGCACAAACUAUUCAAAUGGUUUAAGUGGCGGAGGGGAUAGUUCUAAUCAUUCAGAUGUACUAGAAGGUAGUUAUAAACUUUCAGGUGAUUUUGAUGGGCAAUAUGGUAAGCCAAAUUAUUCAGAUAGAUUAAAAGGACGUGGUAGUAGUUUUACUCAUUCAGAUGGUAUAACUAAUAGUUAUAAUCAUUCAAAGGCAACCAGGGCAGGAGUGGGUAGUUUGAAUCAUUCAGAUGUACAAGAGGGUGGACAUAAAGCUUUAAAAGAUUCAGAUUGGCUACCUAGUGACUCCAAUUAUUCCGAUGGAUCAAAUGGUCGUGUGAGUAGUUUUAAUCUUUUAGACGGACAAGCAGAUGGUUAUAAAAUUUCAGAGGACUCAAAGGGAGUUGCCGGUAGCUCAAACAAUUCGCGUGUCUCAGAUGAACAUGCAAGUAGUUCCGAUCAUAAAAUUGGUUUAGAUCGGCUAGCGGAUAGUUUCAAUGAUUCAAACGGACAAGCAGUCACAUCUGAAUACCUAGAUCGUUCCAAUGAACAUGGAAGUAAUUCCACGCAUUCUGGUGAUUUAGAUAUACAAGCAAACAGUUCUACUUUCCCAGGUGGCUCAGGUGGACCAACAGGUAGUUUCAGCAACCCGAUUGAUUCAGACGGACUUACUGGUAGUUCCGACAAAAUAAAUGGUUCAAUUGGAUUUGCAAGUAAUUUAAAUCUCCCAGAUAACUCAGAUAGAAGAGCUGAUAGUUCCAAGCAUUUAGCUGGCGAUUCAGUUAAUUUAGAUGGACUAGUUAAUAAUUUCAAAUAUUCUGAUGCUCAAGCUGGAAGUUCUCCCUAUAGAGAUGGAGGUACAGGAAAAGCUGCACAUUCUGAUGGUUCAGAAAGUCCGAAGCAUUCCGAUUUGUUAACAACCAGUUCUAAGCUGCCUGAUAGUUCAAAUAGAUCAGAUGGUACAUUAAUUCAAUUAGGUAGUUCUGAUGGACGAGCAGGUAGUUCUGUACCUCGACAUGGAUUAACAGGAAUCGCUAUGCCGUCUGAUGACUCAUAUGGACACGCUGGUAAAUCAAACCUCUCCGUUUACUCGCAUGGACCAAAGGAUAGUAUAACACUACCAGAUGGAGUAGGCUCUACUAAUGCUGAUAGUACAGAUAGACAAGAAAUAAGUUCUAAGAAUCAAGAUGGUGAAGCAGCUAGUUCAAACCAUCCAGAUAUUUCAGAUGGACUUGCAGCUCGUUCUAAUUAUUCUUACGGUUUAGAUGGACAAGCAGUUAGUUCUAAUCAUUCAGAUAACCCAAAACGACUAAUAAAUAGUUCGGAACAAUCAGAUGGUAUAGCAGAUAGCUUUAUACAUACAGACGGUAACAACGAAACUGAUGGAAUCAUCCAUGGAAAUAGUAGGAGGAAACCUAUUCCGCGGGCGUCUGAACAUGGGCCCGCUGAUGCUGUUGAUCCUUUUCUGAACAGCUCAAUUAAUGACAUUUUUAACAGCACAAUUGCUGGCAAUGACACACAACAAAACAUCAUGCAAAAUAGUGGUAACAGAGUGGAAACAAAUGCAAAUGAAACCAGCAAAGAUGCUGUAAUAGACGUGUCAAAUAAUAAUAGUUCACCGUUUUCUGAUGGUGAAUUCAGAAAUAGUUCCAAGCAGUUAAAUAUAACUGAAAACGACAAACGUCGGGAUGGCAAAGACGGCCACAACUAUAAUCCAGAUGGUAGCAGACAUGGCACUCUAGUCGAUGGUUUUGAACAAGCAUUUAAUGGAAAUGUGUUAGCCAAUGUUCAGAGAAACAAAAAUGGGAGUUUACAUCAGCAACUUGCAGCAAAUUACAUCGAAAGAAUGUCCAAUGUAUCAACGGAUACUCCUCCAGAGAUUUUUUAUGAUAAAGGGAAGAAUAAAGAAAAUGAUGAAACUUCGUUGCUAAACGACUCUUUGACCACAAUGACAACCACCAGUGGAUUGGAUGAUGACAGUUUUCUUACAAAAGGUGGUUAUUUGAAAAAUGUUGGAGAUGACAUCGGAAGAGAUGAGAGUAAAAUUGAUCCUGGUGGGAAUAUUAAGGGUGAUGUGACGAAUGUAACUGAAAAUGAUUAUAACGUUCAUAACGGUACAAAUCAACAAAAGACAGAUAAUGUAAAACGUUUAGAACUUCAUAAGAAAAAUUAUGAUUUUCAAGUGGGUGGUGAUAGUGCAAUAAAUAUAAGAAAUGCCACAAAUUCGACUGAUCAAACAUUCAGUGAAACCAGCGAUGAACUUGGUAAAAUAACAAAAUAUUCAAAUGGAACAAUCAGAUACAAUGGUUCAACUGCCGGGGAAUUCGAUAUAAAUGAUGUUCAAACGUCAUCUGCUGAAUACACAGGGGACCGAAAAUCAAUCGCGGAGAAAACAUUUCACAACACCAACAUAACGUUAGGUAUUAGUGAGAAUGAACAAUCUAAUACAUAUAAUGGGUCAAAUGGUGGUUCUGACGCUGCAAAGUAUAACCAGACAGCUGAUGCAACUAACACUGAAAAUAGACACGAAAGCACUACACAAUUAUCACACAUAAACCAUGGUUUUGGUACCAAAGAAACAAGGAGUGAAUUGAAUGGGUCAGGAAAGACGUCUGAUAAUGUAAAUGAAAGCCUGCUUAAUAACGGAACUAUCUUUGGAAACAAUAAUAGCACAUCAAGUGAUGAUAUGAACAGUAAUCAACAAAAAACAAAUGAAACUACAAGCAGCGUGGCCUCAAACGAUAAACAUGCUGGGAAAGGAGGAACAGGCUACUCAGGAAAUCAGAACAACACAUUUGCUCAUAAAAAAGGUCUAGGAAAAGAAGGCGUCAAUGUCAACAUCACAAUAAAUGAAUCUGACAGACACAGUAGUAUUGGCCCAGGUGCAAAUGACAAAAUGAAUGAUACAUCUAUAUUAGAUAAUAAAACAAAUAAUAAGAAAUUUGGAAAUGACAGCGAUAUGGUAACUGGUAAUGUAUAUUCAUUAGAUGGUGUCAGUGGAGCCAACUCUGAUACUAAAAUAUCAGGCAAUGCUGAUGUUAGUGAAAGUUACAAUGCUGGUGAUAAUCGUAAAGAUCAAACGAUAAACAGUGGAAUGUUUAAUGAAGAUACAAGAAAUACAUCCUCAGAUGGAAUGUCUACGAAAUUAAAUGAUGAAAUUUACAAAAAUGUGGAAAUGCCUAAAUCAAUAGGCAGUAAUGAAACAAAUAUUGAAACAUCCGGGGACAAGAGAAAAGAUAAUCUAAAGGACGACAGUAAUACGCUAACCGACAGCACAUCAGUGUCAAAAAAAGUGUUUACUGCAAGUGAUGUUAUGCAUGGAACUGAUAGAACUAAGAGUGGUGGACUGGGUUCGUCUAAUACAUCAAGCUCACCAUCAGAAAACGAAACGAAUAACAAGCAACCUCCUUAUGACUCUACUUCAAAGAAUAGCUAUGGAAGGACCGAUGCCACUGUAAACGGACUUAGAAAUGUUAGCACGGGAAUGAGACCCGCUAGUCUAAAUGAGUUUGGGCUCCAUAACACUGACGCUUUACAUUAUAAUGGCUCAUCAACAAGAGGGCAAACAACAUCAGACAGUGAGCAGUUCCGUCAAGAUCAGAAAUUAGGUACGGAUAGGAAACAAAACAGAACAAUGACUGGACAAGAUGUUUCAAAUCCUAACAGAACUAAUAGCAUAACUAGCGAUAGUACCAUUCUAGAAACUAAUUUGCAAAAUGGUGAUUUUCAAGGAGCUGGUGAUAGAGCAAGCAAUUCCAGAAAUGACACACAAUUUUCCGAUCAAUCAUUUAGUGUAAUCAGCGAAGAACUUGGUAAAAAAACAAAAUAUCCAAAUGGAACAGUAGGAUACAAUGGUUCAACUACCGGAGAACUCGAUAUAAACGGUGGUCUAACGUCAUCUGCUGGAUACACAGGGGACCCUAAAUCAAACGCGGACAAAACAUUCCACAACACCAACAUAACGUUAGGUACUAGUGAGUAUGAACAAUCUAAUACAUAUAAUGGGUCAAAUGGUGGUUCUGACGCUGCAAAGUAUAACCAGACAGCUGAUGCAACUAACACUGAAAAUAGACACGAAAGCACUACACAAUUAUCACACAUAAACCAUGGUUUUGGUACCAAAGAAACAAGGAGUGAAUUGAAUGGGUCAGGAAAGACGUCUGAUAAUGUAAAUGAAAGCCUGCUUAAUAACGGAACUACCUUUCGAAAUAAUGAUAACACAUCAAGUGAUGAUAUGAACAGAAAUCAACAAAAAACAAAUGAAACUAAAAGCAGAGUGGCCUCAAACGAUAAACUUGCUGGGAAAGGAGGGACAGGCUACUCAGGAAAUCAGAACAACACAUUUGCUCAUAAAAAAGGUCUAGGAAAAGAAGGCGUCAAUGUCAACAUCACAAUAAAUGAAUCUGACAGACACAGUAGUAUUGGCCCAGGUGCAAAUGACAAAAUGAACGAUACAUCUAUAUUAGAUGAUAAAACAAAUAAUAAGAAAUUUGGAAAUGACAGCGAUAUGGUAACUGGUAAUGUAUAUUCAUUAGAUGGUGUCAGUGGAGCCAACACUGAUACUAAAAUAUCAGGCAAUGCUGAUGUUAGUGAACGUUACAAUGCUGGUGGUAAUCGUAAAGACCAAACGAUAAACAGUGGUAUGUUUAAUGAAGAUACAAGAAAUACAUCCUCAGGUGGAAUGUCAACGAAAUUAGAUGACGAACCUCAUCAAAAUGUGGAAAUGCCUAAAUCAAUACGCAGUAAUGAAACAAAUAUUGAAAUAUCCAGGGACAACAGAAAAGGUCUUCUGACGGACGACAGUAAUACGCUAACCGACAGAACAUCAGUGUCAAAAAAAGAGUUCACUUCAAGCGAUGUUAUGCAUGGAACUGAUAGAACUAAGAGUGGUGGACUGGGUUCGUCCGAUACAUCGAGCCCACAAUCAGAAAACGAAACGAAUAACAAGCAACCUCCUUAUGACUCUACUUCAAAGAAUAGCUAUGGAAGGACCGAUGACACUGUAAACGGACUAAGAAAUGUUAGCACGGGAAUGAGAAACGCUAGUCUAAAUGAGUUUGGGCUACACAACACUGAUGCUUUACAUUAUAAUGACUCAUCAACAAGGAAGCAAACAACAUCAGACAAUGAGCAGUUCCGUCAGGAUAAGAGAUUAGUUACGGGUCGGAAACAAAACAGACCAAUGACUAGACAAAAUGGUUCAGAUUCUAAUACUAACAAAACUCGUGACAGUACAAUUGCAUCUUUUGCUGCUGAAAAUGAAAACGCAGGAAACGGGUCAGAUAGAACAUACAACAAAAAUGCAUUGAAUCCUGAACAAACUGACAAAACUGAUAAACUAAACCAAGUUGAACAAUACAAAUCAACUGAUGAGUCUGGUAGAUCAGGUUUGCAGGAAACAGUGAGUACGUCUACAGAAUCAACUAACGAAAUAACCAGUGCCGAGGAGGAGAACAAGUAUACAGAAAAUACACAAAACGACACUAGCUUUUCAUUAACAGACACUGACAGAUUUGUUGGCGGACGUGAAAACAUGACAAAUGUAAGAAGUGGCGACGGCUUUGGACGCACUGCUGAUGAUAAUUCGCGGGGAAAUGCUGCUUUUGAUAAGGCGAGUGGUAAAGACAAGAAAACCUUAAGAAACAAAAAAGAGCAGUUCAAUAAUUUAAUUACUGAUCAGACGAGUGUUUCUAAGACGAACAUUACAAAAACAUUAGAAUCUCAAAGAGUUGAUGGUCGACCAGGCAAUAUAGGGAAUGAUACUAAUUCUACCAAUCAAAAACAAGGUGAUGAUGGUAACACUGGUAACCGCGCAUUUUACCCAAAUGGAAGUUUGGAACACAAUUCCACCACUACCGGGCGGUUCGAUACAAAGGGUAACCAUGGAAACGAAAAUAUCGGUGGCGCAUUGGAGCAGGUAUUUGCUAACAGCACUGAUUUGAAAAUGGAUUCGAACACAGACUAUACAGGAGGACUCGAUUCAAAUACAAACGAUGGAUUUAUCAAAAGUGGUACUGGUGGACCCGACAAUGCAACUGAUGGUUCAGAUUCGAAUGGUAAAAACAUCGGUGUCAUCGAUAACACAUUGGGUAACAAUGAACAAUAUCAGAAUGGGACGGUUCGGUACAAUAAUACCAGCAUUAUUGAUGUGGUUCACGCAAACCAUGACCAGAACAAAACUAAAGGACACAAUGAUUUCAGAAAUAAAGAAAGCCCAUUAAAUAACCUAAACCUAACCUUUGAUAAUAGUGAGUAUGCAGAAUCAUUUACACAAUCAUUAAUUAAUCCUAAUGCUUCAACUGGUGGUAGUACAGUUAGGGACAAUAACAUGACAGCUGACGUCACUAACAUCAAACAUAAUGAUGAAAACAUUAUAGCUUCAUCAGUUUCUAGUAAUGGACUCAAUGAUAACCAGAUUUUUUCAGAAAGUAGUUCCAUUGAUUCAAAGAGUAACCUUACAAAAAACGCGACUGGUUACACAGAAAUGAUGAAUAUAAUAGUUGGGAGUAAGGGUGAAUUUGAGACUGAUCGAAAAGCGGUAGGUUCAGAUGACAAACUGCCUACUAAAUGGUCAUCAUUAUCAGAUAUUGAAUUGAAUAGUAACAAAAAUUGGAAUGACACUAAUUUGAGAAAAGUUGAUGGCAAUACCGUCAAUGAUAUAAAUAAAUUAAGCAACGGCUCCAAGGGAGUAGAUAGUGGUCAAUUAAGCGAGGUCCGACUUGAUAAUAAUAGUACAAAAAGACAAUUUAAACCAUCCAUGGGCAAUGUCCUGUCAAUAGGAGUUACACAAAUAGAUGAAGUUCGUAUCCCUAACGGAACAACACCAACUAAAUCAGAUUCUAACAACUCAAAGUUUGGAGGAAUCGACAGUGAAAAAGUAUUAUCGCUUAACCAAUCUGAUACUGGGUAUGUAACUGAUAGUAAUGUUUCUCAGAAAGAUAAUUCCGGUUUGCAAGGAAUGUUUAAUUCGAUCGAAGAUGCAUACGAAAUAAAGGACGUCGGAAGAAAGAAGAAGAAAGAAGAAGAGAGUAUGUUGUUCAAAGCGACAAAUGAUACCUCGGUUAACACUGGCGAAUAUGCUGACGUAAUGCUGCCUAGAAUUGAUAAUAGGUCAAACGCUGCACGUGACAUCGGCCUUAUUAACACUGGUUUUCCUUCUGGUGAAAAUGCAUAUGGUGAUAUGGAAAGAGAUAUAGAAAAAGAACAUAUCAGUAAUGUUAUAGAUCAUAUACAAACUAACGAUACUGAGCUGAUCAUGAAUUCGAACAAAGACCAUGAAUAUGGAUCGGACACAAAUGGAAACAAAAGAUAUAUGUAUAAGGUAAGUGGAGGACCUGACAUUACGACUGACCCUUCACAUUCGAUAGGUCAUCAUAUUGCUGUUACAACGACAAUUGGCAAUAAUGAACCAUAUCAGAAUGGUACAGUUCGAUACAAUGGUAGCGUAAACAUGGGUGUGUUUCAUACAAAAGAUGAUCAAGACCAAUCUUAUGUACGUAAUGAUUUCAGAAAUAAAGACAGCUCUUUUCAAAUCCUAAAUUUAACGUCUGAUAAAAGUGAGUAUGACCAUUUAUAUACGCGUAAUGCUUCAAGAGGUGAAAGUGAUGCAUGGAACGGUAGCAUGACAGCAGACGUCAAUAAAACAAUAGAUGGUUAUGAAAAUAAUAGAGAUUCAUCACAUGCAAAAAAAGACAACAAACAUUUAAAACAGAUUAUUUCAGAUAGUAGUUCAAAUGAUUUGCAAAACAUACCCAACGAAAAAGCAACUGCCAUUAUGACCAAGGGCAAAUACAUGUUUGGAACUAAGAGUAAGUUGAAAUUCAAACAAUCCGGUGUCGACUCGUCCAGUAAAGAAAAUGGUUCAGACACCGAUGCAAAAGAUGCAAGUAGUUCUAAAUAUUGGAAAGGAAAAAACACUGGCGGAUUCCUUGCUGAACAUGACACAACAGAAGACAUACUCUUCAGUAAAUAUGAAUUGAGCAAUGGAAAUGGCUCUCUACCAGAAAACAUCAACCCAUCAACUGAUGACCAAAAAGGGUCAUUGGAAACAUAUCAAGGACAUUCGAACACAACUGGCGAAAACGACAUGCCAAAUAGCACACUUGAUAGAUUGGAUGUGUAUGGGUCGAAGAAUAACACAUCAAGUAAUGUAUCGAUGAUUUAUCAUAACAACGCGGAUAACACCGGUUUAAUAUCCGAUCUGAGUCAUCAGCAAGGUGUACAUGCUACUCCUUUAAGGAAUGGUAAGGGAGACUCAGUGGAUACUGUAAGUAGUGCUGACGAUCACACUACAGGAUUAGCGAGCGAAGAUACCCAGAUUGGAAUCACCGGGGUUAAUGCAGAUAGGGAUGCUAAAAGAGGUCAUGCGAGGGGGAACGAUCACCAAAACAUCGAAUACACGAUGAACGAUGUUGAUAGUGUAAGCACAAAGUCUUCAACGAAUAAUUCGAAUAGAUUUAACGCAAGUGCAACUCAUGGAGGUCUUCAUGGAGCUGACGAUGAACUAGUCAGUGUAUUAAUUGGCACAAAGGUAAUCCAACAAAUCCCCGGUAAUGUCAGAGGCACAUCUGAUAAAAGUGAAUUACAUCCAAAUGAACCGUUAAGAUAUGAUGAUACCAGUCAUACAAAUAAGAGCAUAAAAGGAUCUGCAGCCGUCAUAAACAGUGCUAUUUCUGACAACAGCAAUACGGGACUAGCUAGCAAUAAUAUCAACAAUGACACAUCUAAUCAAACCGGAGUGACAUCAAUCACUACAAACAAAACAGACACAUAUGAUCAAACCGGUGAGACAUCAAUCAAUAUUGAUCAAACCGGAGUGACAUCAAUCAGUAAAAACAAAACAGAGUCAUCGGAUCAAACCGGAGUGACAUCAGUCAAUACAAACAAAACAGACACAUCUGAUCAAACCGGAGUGACAUCAAUAAAUAAAAACAAAACAGACAUAUCUGAUCAAACCGGAGUGACAUCAAUCAAUACAAACAAAACAGAGUCAUCGGAUAAAACCGGAGUGACAUCAGUCAAUACAAACAAAACAGACACAUCUGAUCAAACCGGAGUGACAUCAUCUGAUAAAACCGGUGUGACAUUAAUCAAUACAAACAAAACAGAAACAUUUGAUCAAAUCGGAAUGACAUCAGUCAAUACAAACAAAGCAGACAAAUCUGAUCAAACCGGAGUGCCAUCAGUCAAUACAAACAAAACAGACACAUCUGCUCAAACCGGAGUGCCAUCAAUCAAUACAAACAAAACAGACACAUCUGAUCAAAUCGGUAUGACAUCAGUCAAUACAAACAAACUAGACACAUCUCAUCAAACCGUAAUGCCAUCAAUCAAUGAAAACAAAACAGGCACAUCUGAACAAACCGGAGUGCAAUCAAUCAAUACAAACAAAACAGACACAUCUGAACAAACCGGAGUGUCAUCAAUCAAUACAAACAAAACAGAUACAUCUGAUCAAAACGGAGUGCCAUCAAUCAAUGAAAACAAAACAGACACAUCUGAUCAAACAAGAGUGUCAUCAAUCAAUGCAGAUAAAACAAACACAUCUGACCAAACCGGAGUGACAUCAAUCAUUACAAACAAAACAGACAGAGCUGACCAAACCGGUGUGACAUCAAUCAAUACAAACAAAACAGACACAUCUUACCAAACCGGAGUGACAUCAAUCAAUACAAACAAAAAGGAUAGAUCUGAUCGAACCAGAGUGACAUCAUCUGAUCAAUUCGGUAUGACAUCAGUCAAUACAAACAAAACAGACACAUCUGAUCAAACCGGCAUGACAUCAAUCAAUACAAACAAAACAGACACAUCUGACCAAACCGGUGUGACAUCAAUCAAUACAAACAAAACAGAUACAUCUGAUCAAACCAAAUUGACAUCAAUCAAUACAAAUAAAACGGAAAGAUCUGAUCGAACCAGAAUGACACCAUCUGAUCAAACAGGUAUGACAUCAGUCUAUACAAACAAAACAGAGUCAUUUGAUCAAACCGGAAUGACAUCAAUCAGUAAAAACAAAACAGACACAUCUGAUCAAACCGGAGUGUCAUCAAUCAAUGCAAACGAAACAGAGUCAUUUGAUCAAACCGGAGUGACAUCAAUCAAUGCUGAUAAAACAGACACAUCUGAACAAACCGGAGUGGCAUCAAUCAAUACAAACAAAACAGACACAUCUGAUCAAACCGGAGGGCCAUCAAUCAAUGCAAACGAAACAGAGUCAUUUGAUCAAACCGGAAUGACAUCAAUCAAUGCUGAUAAAACAGACACAUCUGAACAAACCGGAGUGGCAUCAAUCAAUACAAACAAAACAGACACAUAUGAUCAAACCGGAGGGCCAUCAGUCAAUACAAACAAAACAGACACAUAUGUUAAAACCGGAGUGCCAUCAAUCAUAGCAAACAAAACAGAGUCAUCUGAUCAAACCGCAGUGACAUCAAUCAAUAUUGAUCAAACCGGAGUGCCAUCAAUCAAAUCAAACAAAACAGACACAUCUGAUCAAACCAGAGUGCCAUCAAUCAAUACAAACAAAACAGACACAUCUGAUCAAACCAGUGUGCCAUCAUUCAAUGCAAACAAAACAGAGUCAUCUGAUCAAACCGCAGUGACAUCAAUCAAUAUUGAUCAAACCAGAGUGCCAUCAAUCAAUGCAAACAAAACAGACACAUCUGAACAAACCGGAGUGGCAUCAAUCAAUACAAACAAAACAGACAAAUCUGAUCAAACCGGAGUGCCAGCAAUCAAUGUAAACAAAACAGACACAUCUGAUCAAACCAGAGUGACAUCAAUCAAUACAAACAAAACAGACAAAUUUGUUAAAACCGGUAUUAUAUCAAUCAAUACAAACAAAACAGACACAUCUGAUAAAACCGGAGUGCCAUCAAUCAAUACAAACAAAACAGACACAAAUGAUCAAACCGGGGUGACAUCAAUCAGUAAAAACGAAACAGAGUCAUCUGAUCAAAACGAAGUGCCAUCAAUCAAUACAAACAAAACAGACAGAUCUGAUCAAACCGGAGUGCCAUCAGUCAAUACAAACAACACAGAGUCAUCUGAUCAAACCAGAGGGACAUCAAUCAAUACAAACAAAACAGACACAUCUGAUCAAACCGGAGUGACAUCAAUCAAUAAAAACAAAACAGACAGAUCUGAUCAAACCGGAGUGUCAUCAAUCAAUACAAACAAAACAGACACAUUUGAUCAAACGAGAGAGACAUCAAUCAAUGCAAACAAAACAGAGUCAUCUGAUCAAACCGGAGUGACAUCAAUUUAUACAAACAAAACAGAGUCAUCUAAUCAAACCGUAGUGCCAUUAGUCAAUACAAACAAAACAGACAAAUCUGAUCAAACCGGAGCUACAUCAAUCAAUGCAAACAAAGAAGAUGCAUUUGAUCAAAUCGGUAUUACAUCAGUCAAUACAAACAAAACUGGCACAUCUGAUCAAACCGGAGUGACAUCAAUCAAUACAAACAAAACGGACAGAUAUGAUCGAACUAGAGUGACAUCAUUUGAUCAAACCGGCAUGCCAUCAGCCAAUACAAUCAAAACGGACACAUCUGAUAAAACCGGUGUGAUGUCAAACAGUACUAACAAAACAGAGAUAUAUGAUCAAACCGGUGUGACAUCAAUCAAUACAGACAAAACUGACACAUCCGAUCAAACUGGUAUGACAUCAAACAAUACCAACAACACUGGCACAUCUGAAAAAACAGUUGUGACACCAAUAAACACAAGCGAGGACUAUAAACCCGAGCAUCAAAACAAACUACCGUAUUAUCAGCACGAAACAACUAAUAUUAUUAAUGAAACUUACAAUAUUAAAGGUUUCGGUAAAAGUAUCAAAUAUAAAUUAAAUGAGCUAACUUCAGCAAGUAAUGCUCCGGAAGUCACGACAUAUGUUAACAAAACUAAAAUCACCAGUAACAAAAAUGAUUCAAAGCCAUUAACUGUUAAGGAAUCUGAGGUUGAUAAUGCUGUAUCAACAACGGACACUUUUGUAUCGAGAACAGCAUUUAGACAAAACGACCAGCCAAAAGAACACGAUGGUGUCAAUGCGACAAGAACACGAAAACAUGGAUCAGAGCAAUUGUCAAGUCUUCAGAAUGUGUCUACAAAUGAUUCUGUUAAUAGCAUGGAUGGACUAAAAAAAGAUUAUGAGAAAUCUCAAUCAGAGAACAGUAAGAAAUAUGAUAGAACAUACACACAUGGUCAAGGUAUACGUCUAGAAGGCAUUAAUGUGAAUGUUCAUGACGUAAACAUAUCCGAUGCUUUGAUACAGUCAUUGGAACGUGGAAACAAUUUACCAGGUAUGCUUCCUACUAUAACAUUAGUUAAAGAAGUACCUACUACCACUCGUAAACCAGGUACAGGCACAGUAGAUACUAAGCAAAACUUUGCGACAAGUGUCGUCGGAGAAAAAAGCUCAAUAGAUAAAUUGUAUAAUAAAGAAAGUACAACAGGCAACUUGAUAAAGACUGGAAGUGAGAUACUUCUUGAAACUACACCAAGUAUUAUAAUGGACACCACAGAUAAAUCCAGCAACCGAGGAACCACUGCAAAUGUAAUGGAAUCCGCCACAAAUUUGACUGAUCCCAAAAUGUCGACAACUGAUAAUUUCAAUAAUAUAUUUAGAGAUGACAGGAAAACAAUUUCAAAAGAUAACUUCAAGGGACGCAAACCCUCAAGGAAUGUAACAUCUGAUAAUUUAUUUGGACAUAAUGAGGUUUCAAAUACUCAAUGGAAUAGUGAUACAAGAGAUGGAUCUGGAAGCUUGCAUACAUCUAUAGAAAACAAAACAGAAAAUGAAAAUAUGAUUUAUGAUGACAGUGUUGAUGGUUUUGGUAUGAAUUUAACGCGAGCAGAUGCGGAACAAAAUGAGACUCAAAAUCAACUUUUCGAUUUACGAAAUGUUCAUUUUAAAUCCUCGAGUGAUCGUUUUGUACUUACAAACCAACCAGUGGAAUCAAAUGAUAUACCUUACGAUGGUCAGAAUAUUUCACUCACUUCGGUUGCAACACAUUUAAAGGAUAACAGCUAUCAAUCCACACAUAUUACAAUUGGAACACAUCCUAAAGUCGGCGGGCAUUCGUUUGGAGCUGAUAUUGGACCUGAUUAUGUUUUCAACUCAACCAACAUAGACUUGAAUGUAUUGGACAAUAAUGGUACUAGUACAAUAAACACAAGGUUCAGAAAUGCCGUAAAAGUAGAAAAUGAUACUGAAGAAGACAUUACGAUGAACAGAGCGAUGUUAAGUGGUUUUGACUUGAACAAACAGUUAAACGAUACCAUGGAAGUAUUAUUGGGAACUACUCUGACCUCACCUGAAGUGCAGACCAUGGGCCAGAACGAACAUAUCAAUAUUAGUUCUGAUACUCUUGAUGCUGGCAAUGUCACAGUCGAAAGCAUUGUUAACCGCACUGAACCUUGGAACUAUAUAAACAAUGGAACUAAUGACGUAAAUAUAACGGCUUCCCUUGAUGGAAAUGGUACUGACAAGGAGAAGUUUACGUUAAAUGACGUAAAUGUAGAUGUUAUCAUAACUACUGACAUACCUACACUUUCCCCGGAGCAGUUGGCGGACCCGAAUAUUACGGCUUCUUCAUAUAGUACAACUACCGAUCCAAUUUCGAACUUCAGUACUCUAGGCCACAGCAAUAGGUGCACACCGGACGACCCUGGAUCAUGCGCAACCGAAGCCGACCUGAAAUGUCUAAAGACAAAACUGACAGAUGACUACAGAUGCCAGUGUGACGAAAUGGAAUUCUGGAAUAAGGAAAGCUGUAGACCUCGUGCUGCCUUUAAAGAAGAAUGUCUUCCUGACUUUUACGAGAGCUGUCAGUACAAACCUGAGUUGAAAUGUGUCAAAUCUAAUAACGCUGAUAUAUAUACUUGUCAAUGCGGAGAAGACGAUAGUGUCUACUGGGACUCUGUUGUCAAAGAAUGCAAACCAAGACCAAACCAUGAUGAGCAAUGUCAACCAGAACUUCAAAACGUCUGUAAUCACCAUCAUCAACUCAAGUGUCUACCUACGACGGCAUCGCAUAUCCACACGUGUCAAUGCGAAAAUAGGGAUGAAACUUACUGGGAUUCCGAAUUGUCGCUAUGUCGUAAACGGUUCAAAUAUGGUCAGGAAUGCAAAGCCAACGUAACAAACAGUUGCUUGUACAAUGCCCAUCUGCACUGCCUAGAAUCUGAGGUGCCCGGCCAACACGUCUGUAGAUGUGAAAAUGAAACAACUCAUUUUUGGAACUCCAAUAUAACCGCAUGUCAAUCACGCCCAGAACAUGGUGGUCCCUGUAACAAGGACUUCAUUGACAGCUGUAAGCAUAACCAGGAACUGGUGUGUCUUAUUUCGGAAACGAACGGUGACUAUUCAUGUCAAUGUGACGAUGAGGAAAAGAAAUUUUGGAAUGCCCCGACGAAACGAUGUAUAACAAGACCAUCUUUCGGCGAAAAUUGCAAGCCUAGUUUUGUCGAGAGUUGUAUGUUUCCCUCCGAGUUAAAAUGCAAGAAAGUGGCGGGAUCGGACAAUUUUACAUGUGGAUGUUCGAAUGAGAAGAAAAUGUUCUGGAAUACUUUGUUUGAAGUGUGUUCUAAGAGACCAGAGUAUGGAGAAGCCUGUGACGAGGAGUUUCCUGAAAGUUGUCUAUAUUCAUCUGAACUAACUUGUCGAUCAAGGACUGGUUUUGGUGAGAGUUACUGUCAGUGUGUUGAUGAGUAUUCAACCUUUUGGGACCCAACAGCCAGAGUUUGUACACCACGUCCAGAAUUCGGAAAUGAAUGUGAACUAGAAAACAGUUGUAAAUUCAAAUCACAGUUAAAAUGUUUACAAUCACCAAACGAAGAUGUCAAAACGUGUCAAUGUGACAACUCUGCCGAAUAUUACUGGGACUCGAAUGAUUCAGUGUGUUCUAAGCGAUCAAGUUAUGGCGGUAGCUGCCAGCCGAAUACACCAAACAGUUGUAAGAACGACAAUGAACUACUAUGCUUACCUACUGAGACCACAGGCUUCUUUUCCUGCCAGUGCCCAGAUAAUGGGACAAAAUAUUGGGAUUCCAAUGUGCUCAAGUGUAAAUCAAAAGCAACAUUUGGUGAUCACUGUGAUGAUAACUUCACUGAGAGUUGCAGCUACCAUGAACAUCUCAAAUGUUUACCGACAGUGUCUGGUAACACUACCUGUCAAUGUGGAAAUGAAACACAACUGUACUGGAAUCCUGAACUGCAACAGUGUCUCAAUAGACCUGAGUUUGGGCAGAGUUGUGAUCCAACAUUUGAAGACAGCUGCCAGUAUAACCUUUAUCUACAGUGUUCAAAGUCAAACCGAACUGGCCUGUUUGCGUGCCAGUGCUCCGAUACGGACGCAUUAUACUGGGAUCAUACAGUGCACACGUGCAAACCAAGGAAACAGUACGGCGAUACUUGUAAUCCAGAACUUCCAGACACUUGUCAAUAUGCAUCACAGCUGAAUUGUCUGCUAUCAAAGGACAAUGGUUCAUUUACAUGUCAAUGUACAGAUGAGUCAGCGUUAUACUGGGAGGUUGAUUCGGCCAAGUGUCAGGAGCGUCCCGGAUACAGUAGCUCAUGUGAUGCCAGGUAUAGUGACAGCUGUCAAUUAAAUUCAGAGCUGGAUUGUUUAUGGGAUGAUGAACGCAACGUGUCGAUAUGCCAGUGCAAGGAUGAGUCAGUGACGUUUUGGAGUCCGGAAAACUCGACAUGCUAUCAGAGGCCUGCCUAUGGAGCAAAAUGCCAAACAGAAUUCCAAGAAAGUUGUAUUUACAAUGAGCAUCUUGCAUGUAUACCCGAUGAAUCAGGACAAAACACAUGUCUUUGUAAAGAUGAAAACACCUCUUACUGGGAUACCGUUCAAUCGGAGUGUAAAACACGACCUGAAUUUGGGGGCUCCUGCGACCCAGAUUUCAUCAACAGUUGCAAAUACAAAGAUGAACUUCAAUGUUUGCCAUCCGGUUCAGCUGGUAACAAUUUCACAUGUCGAUGUUCGGAUGAAGAAAACAUGUUCUGGGAUUUCACUACAAAAACGUGUAAAACAAGACAAGAUUACGGAUCUCCUUGUCUUCAAGGAAUAUCAGGCAGCUGCCAGUUUGAAGAUCAGCUCAAGUGUCUAGAAAUCGGUAACAGUGGCAACUAUUCCUGUCGCUGUGAGCACGAAAACAAAAUAUUCUGGAACCCUUAUAUGAAGUCAUGUGAAUCAAGGCCAAAAUAUGGACAGCCUUGUCAGUCAGAAUUCCCGUCCAGUUGUCAGUUUAAUGCUGACCUUCGCUGUUUGAAGAUUGGUGGAAGAGGAAACUCAACAUGCCAGUGUGCAAACGAAGUGGAGACCUUUUGGAAACCUAAAGAGCAAAAAUGCAUAAAAAGGCCGCAAUAUGGUGCAUCCUGCAACAAGAAUGGAAGCUGUAUGUAUAAUACACAUCUGGAGUGUACACCUUCUGAUGUAUCAGGGGAACAUACAUGUCUGUGCAUGGACGAAACUAUUCUUUAUUGGGACAAGGCUGUAUCUGAAUGCAAGUCAAGGCCUGAAUACGGAAAUGAGUGUGACGCUGAGAAACCUAACAGCUGUAAGUACCAGUCUGAGCUACAGUGUAUACCGGCAAGCAACGAAACAACACAGUCAGUUUGCCAGUGUCCAGAUAAACUAACGACAUACUGGGAUUCUAUUGUCAAGAAAUGUACCAAACGUCUUACCUAUGGCGGUGAGUGUGAUCCAAAAUUCCCUGAGAGCUGUAAAUAUGGUCAGGAACUUUCAUGUCUGCGAUCGAAUUCGGGAAAUUACACGUGCCAAUGUGACCAUGAGAACAAAACAUACUGGGACCCAGAUCAAACGACAUGCAACUCGCGACCACUAUACGGAGAGCAAUGUGACUCGGGAUUGUCAGACAGCUGUAAACACAACACCCAGUUAAAAUGUCUAGUAUCCGAUAUCACCGGAAACAGUACCUGUCAAUGCGAACAUGAAAAUUCUACAUUCUGGGAUUCGAAGGAUACGGAGUGUAAAACACGGCCAGAAUAUGGUACAGAUUGUGACUCGGGAUAUCCGGACAGCUGCUUGCACAAUUCACAAUUGUCAUGCCUACCGUCAGGACAGAAUGGGUCUUACGUCUGUCAGUGUACAAACGAGGGACAACUCUAUUGGGAUACAUCCGAAUCUAUCUGUAAACAACGUCCACGUUAUGGGGAUGGAUGUGAUAUCAAGUUUAAGGACAGCUGCGAGAUAAACGGAGAGUUAGUAUGCACAGUUAACGGAAAUGUAUCUUCAUGCCAGUGCCCGAAUGAGACACAAGCUUUCUGGGACAACAAUGAAUCUAAGUGUAAAAUCAGACCAUACUACGGAGGUAAAUGUGACUCUAAAUACCCUGAUAGCUGUUCCUACAACAAACAACUGACAUGCCUUCCUUCAGAGACUACCAACACUACUGUGUGCCAGUGUAGGCAUGAAGACAUAACCUACUGGGAUGGAUCAGUAAACGAAUGUAAACAAAGGCCGCGAUACGCUGGAACAUGUGACCUCCAACUACCGGAAAGCUGUGUCCACAAAUCACAUCUGAAGUGUGUUUCACUCAAUGGCACAAACACGUCAAUGUGCCAGUGUGCUGAUGAACUGAUGUCUUACUGGGACCCGGUUGUUACUGAAUGUAGUGAAAGACCAGUGUAUGGUCAGUCCUGUCCUGGUAAAUACCCAGACAGCUGUCAGUUCAACUCCCAACAAAAAUGUUUACCAUCUGGUUCCUUUGGCAACCACACAUGUCAGUGCGAGGACGAGGUGGCAACAUAUUGGGAUCAAACCACCUCACUUUGCAGGAAGAGACCGGACUACGGGGCUGAGUGUGAUCCUAUGUUCCCCGGAAGCUGUGCACAUAACUCUGAUUUGUCUUGUGUGACGUCAGCUAAUAACAGAAAUAUAUCGAUAUGUCAGUGCUUGAAUGAGACUACAACAUACUGGGAUUCGGAACAAGCAAGCUGUAUAGAACGACCGAAGUAUGGUUCCAGGUGUUAUUCAGACUUACCGGAAAGCUGUAUGCAUAAGGCUCACCUGACAUGUGUAUCACACGGACCAGAUGGAAAUUCCACUUGUCAAUGUGAGACUGAGGAAGGCACGUACUGGGAUUUCGUCAAUCUAAAAUGCAAAACAAGACCCGGAUAUGGAAAUAAUUGUGACAAGGAGCAUCUCGACAGCUGUCAAUUCAACGAUGACUUGAAGUGUUUACCGUCGGAUCCAUCAGAGAACUAUACCUGCAGAUGUCUAGACACACAACUGAUGUACUGGGAUAAUGAGGUUCAGCAAUGCAAGACACGACCAGUGUAUGGCGGUGAAUGCGACCUGGGCUUUCCAGAAAGCUGUAGACAUGACGGCCAAUUAAAAUGCGUCUUAUUUCAAAAUCUAACAAUUUGCCGAUGCCAAGAUGAAAGGGGGACGUUUUGGAAUCCUGUCACGAAGACAUGCGACAAAAGACCAAGUUAUGGACAAAACUGUCACUCUGAUUAUCGAGAGAGUUGCCAGCCUGAAGACCAAUUAAAAUGCUUACCAUCCGGGUCCUUUGGUAACUAUAGUUGCCAAUGCGAGAGUGAAAAUGCCACCUUUUGGGAUAGUAUUCACUUUCAAUGCGAAGACAGACCGGAAUACGGUGAUAGCUGUGAUAGCAACACCCCGGAUAGUUGUAAUCACAAUUCGUAUUUAACAUGCGUGUUGUCGGUAGACACAAACACGUCAACAUGUCAGUGUACAGACGAAUCAAACUCCUUCUGGCAUAGCACUACAAAUGACUGCAGACAAAGGCCAUCGUAUGGUGGAGCUUGUGUGAUUGAUUUCCCUAACAGCUGUGCUUACAAAGACCAACUCGAAUGCAUAUUUUCGACAACGACCAAUGAAUCUGUUUGCCAGUGUGUCAAUGAAAGCCAAUUGUUCUGGAAUGAAGAAAUAUCGCAAUGUUUGAAAAGACCAGAGUAUGGAGAUUCUUGUGAUAGUUCAAACGUUGAUAGCUGUACCUACAAUGCUGAACUAGCCUGUCUCCCUGACCGUGUCACAGGAAUGCAUUCCUGUCAGUGUUUGAAUGAAAAUGCGACCUACUGGGACCCUACCAAGUCCGACUGUAAAACAAGACCAGAAUUUCAAGGCGGCUGUGAUCUUGGAUUUCCAAACAGCUGCAAACAUAAUGAUCAUCUACAGUGCUUACUCUCCGAAGUAACUGGUGCCCCAACAUGUCGUUGUCAAGACGUCGACCUUAUAUAUUGGGAUCCCGAAUUGUCCAUAUGUGAAACAAGACCAGAAUACGGUGAAAAUUGUACACCAGAACUAGUCGACAGUUGCAUGUACAACGACCAACUGAAAUGUGUGCAGAACGGAUCAUCAUUCGAUUACGUUUGUCGGUGUAGUGACGAGAUCAACCAGUUCUGGGACACUGUUGAACUCAGCUGUAAACAGCGACCAGGGAUCAACGGUGUAUGUGAUAGCAGUUUUCCAAUGAGUUGUUUACAUAAUGCUAACCUGAAAUGUCUACUCGAAGUCAACACCAAUACACAUACCUGCCGCUGUGAAAAUGAAGACGGGUUUUACUGGGAUACCAACGCAAAUAUGUGUAAACCUAGGUCAGGAUACAAUCAUGUUUGCAAUCCAAACAUGCAAAACAGUUGCAAGGGGUAUAUUGGAAUGGAGUGUCUUCCCUCAACCUCUCCUGGCAAUUUCUCCUGUAUGUGCAAGGGUGAAACUGUUAUGUUCUGGGACUCGAUUGCGUCAGAAUGUAAAACAAGGCCUGAGUUUGGAUCGGAAUGCCAGCUUGAUUUCCCCGACAGCUGUAAGAGUAAUACCCAUCUGAAGUGUCUAUUGGACAGCGUUUCUGGGAGACCUAUAUGUAGAUGUACUGACGAAGGUAGUUUAUUCUGGGAUGGAUCUGCGCAGCAGUGUAAACAAAGGCCCGAUUUCGAUGGUGCCUGUAAGUCGGAGUUGCCAGAAAGCUGUAAACACAAUGACCAUCUGAAAUGUUUAGAAAAUGGAAAUGGUAAAAGCGCCACAUGUCGGUGUCGGAACGAAAGUCUACUAUACUGGGAUUCGUCCACCUUCCAGUGUAGACCAAGAUCUGGAUACGAACAAUCAUGUAACCCGGAUCUGCCAAACAGCUGUAAAAGACAGGCUCUGCUGAAAUGUCUGCAAGUAGGAUCAUCAAACGAACACACCUGUCGAUGUGAAGAUGAAAACAUACUGUUUUGGGAUUCGUACGACACAAUAUGCAAAGAAAGACCCAAGUACGGAACCACCUGUGAUUCUGGUUUUCCUGGAAGUUGCCAGCCAAAGUCAGAACUCCUAUGUUCAUCCGGAACCAAUGCUGCUGGCUUUAGAUGUGAAUGUGCUGACGAAAGAACCACCUUUUGGGAUCCUCAAAUAUUACAAUGCAAAUCAAGGCCUGAAUACGGACAUAAAUGUGACGCUACCUUUGUGGACAGCUGUAAAUAUAACUCACAUUUAGUUUGUAUGCAGUCUGAUAAAAGCGGGGACUAUUCGUGUAUAUGUAAAGAUGAGGACAACUAUUUCUGGGACGAAGAUGAAUCGGCAUGCAAACCACGACCUUCAUAUGGAGCACAUUGUCAACCUGGAUUGUCUGACAGCUGUCUGUAUAAUGGUCAGCUUACAUGUAGCCUUACACAAUCAUCAGGCAAUCACACUUGUCAAUGUAAAGACGAGGACAUCACCUACUGGGAUGCUACAAUGCAGACAUGUAGUCCAAGACCGAAGUAUGGCGAAGUCUGCGAUUCUAACCUAAUUGACAGCUGCUUGUUUAAUUCCGAUCUCGAAUGUAUCCAGACAGGCACUGGAGAUCACGUGUGCUUGUGUUCAGAUGAAAAUGUUACGUUUUGGGAUCCGUCUACGUCGCAAUGCAAACAACGACCGCAUUAUGGAUCCGGCUGUCACCCAGAUCAUCCUGAAAGCUGCCUCUUCAAUGAUCAACUGCAAUGUGUGACAUUAGAACAUGUGAAUAAGUCCACGUGUCAAUGUGAAAACGAGACCACCUUUUACUGGGACCACACAUCAACUGAAUGCAAACCACGACUUCAAUACGGCUCUGACUGCAGUCCAGAUUUAUUGAAUAGCUGUCAGCACAGGUCGGACCUCAAAUGUGUGCUCUUAGGUAACACGAGUCGAUACACGUGCCAGUGCGCGGACGAAGAUGACACCUUUUGGGACGGUGCCACACUUUACUGUUCUCCCCGACCACACUAUGGGGAUCGAUGUAAUUCCGAUUACACUGAUAGCUGCAGGCAUAACUCAGAUUUAAGCUGUUUACCUUCUUCUAAUUCUGAAAAUUUUACAUGUCAGUGUAAAGAUGAGAAUGACACCUUCUGGAAUAAGAAGACGACAUCAUGUGUUUCAAGACCUAAGUACGGGGAUCAAUGUAAACCGGACCUACCAAACAGCUGUGUAUAUAACAAUCACCUUCAAUGUAAAACGGACGAAACAUCCGGCAACUCAACAUGUCAGUGUGUAAACGAAACGUCUACGUUCUGGGAAUCAAAUAUUUCGGAAUGUUCUGUCAGACCAGAGAACAGACAACGUUGUGACCCUCAAUUUCCGGACAGCUGUCAUUUUAAUUCGGAACUAAAGUGUUUAUAUUCGAAUGAAAGUGGGCAGCAUAUCUGUCAAUGUUUCAACGAAGUUUCAACGUACUGGAUGGACGAUAACAGCAGAUGCGAAACUAGACCUGAAUAUGGAGAAGAAUGUCUCUCUGAUUAUAACAAUAGCUGCCACCAUAAUAGUUUCCUGACGUGUGUAGUAUCUGAAACGACAGGGAAAGCAUCAUGCCAAUGUUUUAACGAAACAGCAACAUUUUGGGAAUCAGCAAAGUCCGAAUGUAAACCCAGACCGGAAUACGGAUCACCAUGUCAAGCAGAGUUCCCAGACAGCUGUAAUCCGCAGGCAGCACUGGAAUGUUCACUGUCCAAUGAGCGAGACACUCAUGUGUGCCAGUGCAAAAAUGAGAAUAUGACAUUCUGGAAAUCUUCGAAGAUGGAAUGCGAUAUUCGACCUUCGUAUGGAAACGAUUGUUUACCAGAAUAUCCAAAUAGCUGUGAACACAAAUCGGAGUUGCAGUGUCUUUAUUUAAACAGUUCUCAAACAUAUGUGUGCCAAUGUGCAGAAGAAGAAACAACGUUUUGGGAUCCAACAUCUACAAUAUGUAAAUCACGGUCACAAUACGGUGCUUCAUGUCAGUUGGACUUCCCGGAGAGCUGCCAACCCCAAUCUCAGCUGGAAUGUCUAUCGUCAGAUGGCGCAGAUAAUUCUACUUGUCAGUGUCGAAACGAAACCGCAACCUACUGGCAUCCUGCUAUUCAGCAGUGCAAACCUAGGCCUCAGUAUGGCGAUCCUUGUCUUGGUAAUCUAAUGGAAAGCUGUAUACACAAUACAGAGCUGAGCUGUCUGUACUCAGAAGACACAGCAGAAUAUGGAUGCAAAUGUCACAACGAAACAACGUCAUAUUGGAAUCCAGCGGAACAUCAAUGCAAAACAAGACCUGAAUAUGGUUCAGGUUGUAUGCCAGAAUUUCCAAGAAGUUGCAAGUUUACAGAUCAACUUGAGUGUGUUAUAUCAGAAGAAGGAAAUGCUACCUGUCAGUGUCGCAAUGAGACCAGUACAUUUUGGAAUACGGACUUGCAGAUCUGUACGCCGAGACCUUCACAUGAUGGUAACUGCGACAAAUCAUUCCCAGAGAGCUGUCAACCUGCGAGUCAGUUGCAAUGCCUGCCUGCUGAAGAGGGUAAUAACUUCAGCUGUCAAUGCAGAAACAUCUCCGCCGACUUUUGGGAAAAUGACAGUCAGACUUGUCAACCACGGCCAUCAUAUGGUGAUGAUUGCGACAGGACAUACCAAAACAGUUGCGAACACAACAAACAACUUACGUGUAGUAAAGACAUGAAAUCAGGGAAAUAUGUGUGUCAGUGCGCAAAUGAAAAUCACACGUUCUGGCACGAUUCAACUUCAACUUGCAAUACACGACCAGAAUAUGGAGACACAUGUUUACCCACGUUUCCUGGGAGCUGCAUUCACAAUGACCAAUUGUCGUGUUUACCAACACAUGACGGGAAUUACACGUGCCAGUGCACGAACGAAACAUCAACAUACUGGAGUCCAGUUGACGCCAGUUGCAAUGCGCGACCUGCAUAUGGACAGCGAUGUGAUACCAACCUGACGGAUAGCUGUUCACACAACUCUCAGUUGAUAUGUAUUGUUGGUGAUGAAGGAAUUGGCAGGUGUAACUGUCAGAACGAGACUGCUGACUUCUGGGACGACCGAACAGAAACAUGUGACCCACGAUUCGAAUACGACCAGACAUGUGAAGUUGGGGAAAUGAAUAGCUGCGUUUUUUCGUCGGAACUGCAAUGCUUGUUAUCGUCCCACGGAACUGAGUAUACUUGUCAAUGUCAAAACGAAACAUCAACAUUCUGGGAUUCAUCAAUGACGAAAUGUAGACCAAGACCUAUUUAUGGAGACAACUGUUCCGCCUCAUACCCAGAUAGCUGCUUGUCAAAUUCCCAACUUACUUGUUCACUUUCGUACGAAACUGGAACUCAUGUUUGUCAAUGUGCUGAUGAAAACACAACCUUUUGGGAACCUUCGAUAAACUCCUGUAAACAGAGGCCAAGUUAUGGUGACGUGUGCGAUGCAAAUUUCCCUGACAGUUGCUGGCAUAACAGUGAUUUAGCAUGUAUCGACACAGGAAAUACUGGGAACCCAUUAUGCCAGUGUAAAAACGAAACUUCAACCUAUUGGGAUAGCACGUUAUUACAAUGUAGAUCAAGGCCAACAUAUGGAGGUGCUUGUGACAAAGAUAUUUCCGGAAACUGUGAGCACAAUGACCAACUCCGAUGUAUUGCUGCUGGAUCUACGAUGAACUACACGUGUCAGUGUGCCGAUGAAACGAAAACUUUCUGGGAUCCCAACCUUUCAAUCUGUAAUAAUCGACCUGAAUAUGGAAAUGCAUGUCAAGAGGAACUUUCGGACAGUUGUAUGCAUGAAUCUGACCUGGUUUGCCUACCUUCGACUGAGUCUGGGGACUUUAUCUGUCAGUGUGGAAACGAAACUCUCACGUUUUGGAAUCCUGAUCAAAACGCCUGUAACAAACGCCCAGAUUAUGGUGAUUCGUGCAAAUCAGGUCUUAAGGAAAGCUGUUUACACAACUCUCAGCUGAAGUGUAUAACGCCUCCAGGAUCUUCACUUCCUAAAUGUCAAUGUGAAAAUGAGAAAGAAACUUACUGGGAUUUUCAGAGUAGUACCUGCAAAACACGACCGGUUUAUGGUGACGAAUGCGAUUCCAAACAAACGGACAGUUGUCGACACAACUCCCAGCUUAAGUGUGUCAAAUCUACAACAUCCGGGCUCUAUCUUUGUCAAUGUGCAGAUGAAACAUCAACAUUUUGGGAGAAUACGACAGACACGUGUCAAAAACGACCUGCUUAUGGGGCAUCAUGCAAUGAACUGAUACCAGAUAGUUGUGUGCAUGGGUCGGAGCUUGUGUGUGGCGUAACAAGUACUGGUGACUACAAAUGUCAAUGUAAAGACGAAACAUCAACCUUUUGGCAAACGGAUACAGUGAAAUGCACAAAACGUCCUACCUAUGGCGGUGCAUGCGAGUCCAAAUUUCCGGACAGUUGUCAGCAUAACUCGGAUCUACAAUGUUUAAAAUCACCAACAACAAAUGAUUUUACCUGUCAAUGUAAAAAUGAGACCAAUUCAUUUUGGGACCCGACCGUAUCUAAUUGUAAACCACGUCCAGAUUACGGUGAAAAGUGUCAACCUGGAUUCAAAGACAGCUGUGUGCAUAACACCAACCUUGAGUGUUCCCCUGCCACACACGGUGGAAACAGCACAUGUCAUUGUAAAAAUGAAAACAGUACUUUCUGGGACUCUGAAGCAAAGGACUGCAAAAUCAGACCAGAAUUCGGUGAAACGUGUCAAGCAGGAUUUCGAAGUAGUUGUAACCACAAUUCGGAGCUACAGUGUCUCCCAUCUAGUACCGGUGCUGGUUCCGUCUGUCGGUGUAGGGACACUGAUACACAAUUCUGGGACCACAUGCAUUCCAAGUGUAAUCUGAGACCUGCAUACGGAGCAGACUGUCAGUCCGGUUAUCCAGAUAGCUGUAUGUACACUGAUCAUUUGAAGUGUCGGGAGACAGGUGGACCUAACAAAUAUUCAUGCCUGUGCGUUGAUGAAAUUCUAUUGUUCUGGGACAACACAACAAACUCCUGUCAAAUUCGUCCUACUACCACAACGCCACCACCGAUUCCGAAAGCAUUAUUCUUCAAAGGUGACGAAGGCGUUUUGGGUGAUCGACGUGUGACAUCCAAAUGUUUUAUUGAGAAUUUCACCGACUGGGAAUCCCUCGUCAUAUCGAGAAAUAAUACCAACCUGAUAACCCUGACGUCAUUGAAUGGCAAACUACAAUCGAACUUCGACAGAUUCGUCAAGGCUAAGCCGAUGAUGAGAGGCAACAAAGCAGGGAUCUUUUUUCGGUUUGGUAAACUUGAAUGCAAAGAUGAAGGCACAUACACAUGCGCGGUGGAUGGAGAAUAUGCUCAAACAGCCAAAAUUGUGGCAAAAACACCCGCUAGAGGAGUUCCGAAACUUUCAUUAGAUGGAGAAAUAUUUGGCGAGAGACGAACAGUUUUUACUUGUUCUGGAAAUCCAGGAUAUCCAUACGGGAAACUUGGAUGGAAAGUUAAAUUCAAGGACGAAAACACUUUCAAGGAUUUCGUAUUUCACAGUAGUAGAAACGUUGUGACAGACAGGGACUGCGUUCGACAAGAAGUUGUAAAUACCACUUUUCUAUUCACGAUGAAGUGGAAUGGUGCCAAACUCCGGUGUCAGGCCAUGGGUUCGAGACAAUAUGCUGAAGUCGAUAUCUGGCUUAUAUCCGAAAAUAUUUGUGACCACGCAGAAUUGAAUACGAGAAUAAAGCAUCCGUAUACACGAAAGAAGUAUAUAUAUUGUUUAGAGGAACGUAUCAUGAGUGACAAUUGUCCUGAGGGUCUUUAUUUUGAUGAAAGCAGGAGGGAGUGUUUGCUAGAGAAUCAAUCUGCAGAUGCCGAGUUAUAUUCGUGUGCAGGCAAAGCGCCUGGUGUGGCUAUACCGGAUAAGGUGGACUGUAAAAAGUACUAUCUGUGUAGCCAUGGCGACAAACAUUUACGGGAGUGUCAACAUGGCUACUUCUCAAUGAAUGGACCACCCUAUUGUGUAAAUAGAUAUGCGGAAUCAUUUUGCGGUCAAAACAAAAACAUUUAAAGGUUUAUAUUUGUUAAGUUCAACCAUUUUAUUUCUCUUAGCACAUAUAUUGUUAAUACCGGGGUCGGAUCCCGGAGUUAUUGUUCAUAUCAAAUAUGUAUAAUUAUCAAGCUUUUCAUUGUUCACACAUUAUUUCAUACUUAUUGUUUAGUAAAUUACCUUGACAUAACAUCUCAUCCCGUUUACAUUUAAUGAUAAAUUUAAAGCAUAUUUUGAAUUUUUGCUAGGAGUUAGCCGUGACGUAUUCUUUAUAUUGUGUAUAUUGAUCAUACUUAUUUUUUACUUGAUCAUUUUCUUCACCUGUGCAAUAUUUUAUGUAUUAUAAUCAUUUGUUGUCUUCGGAUGAAUUUUUGAUACUUUUUAAUGAAAGUAUCUACGUCACUUUUGGUCCAUAUGCUUUGUUGCUAUAACAAACAUUGUAUGUCAGCUAUUCGACAUCGUUAAUAUGCAUAGCUUUGCAAAUAACUGGGGUUAAUUACAUGUUCCUACAUUCAUUUCGAGAAGUUAUUAAAAUAUAUAUAUUUAAA